AUGCCUGGCGAAAAUUGCUCUAUAUACGGUUGCACAGUUUCACGAAGGGCUAAAUAUAAAGGUCUAUCUACUUUUAAAGUUCCUGCUGGUGAGAAUCAAUUUGACAAGUCGUGGAGAGAAAAGUUAGUUGAUGUUGUGAUAAGAGAUAGGGAAGUUGAUCAUGCUCUAAGGGAUAGAAUUCAAAGAAAGAAAAUAUAUAUUUGUGAAAAGCACUUCAGCGAAGAUCAAAUGAAUCGUAACCACUCUAGCAGAACCACACUUGUUCCCGGUGCUAUCCCCACAAUAAACCUUCCUAUCAAAAGUUUUCCUUCAUCCUCCACAUCUUCUAAGCCGCGUCAAUCAGCACAAUCAAUUUUGCAGAAAAAAAUUGAACCAGUGGAAAAUGUCAUUACUGAUCAGUACAAGUCAUUUACAGAUUUUAUUUCUAAAACUCAGUUAUUGAAAUUAGUCGGUUGGAGUUUUACCUAUACAAGUGAUUGUGCUUCUUUUGCCUGCCAUGAUGCUAUCCACUCAGUUCCAAAGUAUGAGAUAUAUGUUGAUAAUAAUCUUGUUUUUACUGUUCGUGUUUUAUUAUGGUCUGUUCCUGCUAAACACGACAAACUUAUUACAAUCACAUAUUUAACAAGAUUAAUUAUGGAUUUGAAAUUAUGCCCAGGUUUGACAGACCACUUUGCUGGUAGCUGUCUUGAGCACUGUGUUCCAAAAGUAUUUAACAUCAAGGAUAGUACUAGUGCACCUCUUCAUCAAAGCAAAUGGUAUCGAUCUCCAAAUUGCAUAGUUCUUAUUCCACCUUCUUAUGAAAAAUGCUUGGAAUGUGUUAGGUCGGAGUCAAAAGAAAGCCUAAGUUUGAAAAGGAAAAGGGACAAUUUAAUUUCACCUGCCAAACUUAAAGCACCAAUUUCCAUGACUUCUCCAGACCGAAUCAUAAAAACCCUUCAAAAUCACCGGUUGGAAAAUAAAGAAUUAAAGGAAGAGUUAAAGAAAAUGCAAGAUGAAAUUUCCACUUGUGCAGUUCCAGUCCAAAAAAGUCUUGGUGAUGAUUUCAUAAAAAUUAUGUCAACAACUAAUCGCAAGAUACCACCAUUCAUGAAAUUUUUUUGGGAAGAGCAGCAGAAAUAUUUAUCAUCAUCGAAAACUGGUGUUCGCUAUCAUCCUAUGAUCAUUCGUUACUGCUUGGGUUUAGCUGCAAAAUCCCCCGCCUUUUAUGAUGAGAUUCGUGUUGACGAUAAGAAAGACAGUGUUUUUCUUGUGAGAAGCAUUGUAAAUCCUUUAAAAUUUUCAUUUGCAAAUUUUGCUACUACCAAUGUCACAUCAAUUCAAUUGUUUCCUCUCUUUUGGAAAGCGGUUGGCAUACUGGAGGAAAAAUGUGGCAUAAAAGUUGUUGGUGUCACAAGUGAUGGAGCAUCUCCAAACCGACGAAUGUACCAUAUGCACCUAAACAUGACCCGUGUAGCUGACAUUAAUGCAGGAGUGGACGUAACAUACCGCACUUUGAAUGUUAUGGCGGAUGAGGAACGGUACAUCUACUUCAUCUCAGAUCCACCACACUUAAUUAAAACAGCCCGCAAUUGCCUGAGUAAUUCUCUGGCAGGAAGAUGUACCAGAGGUAUGUGGAAUGAUGGAAGUUAUAUCACCUGGAACCAUAUUUCAAAGUUAUUCCUUGAUGACUUAGACUGUGGAUUACAUCUUGUUCCUAAAAUAACAAAUGACCACAUCAAGUUCACACCAUAUUCAGUCAUGAAUGUACGUCUGGCAGCACAAGUGUUAAGCGAAUCUGUCUUUAACGCUCUUCAAUUAUAUGGACCACCAGAAGCUAAUGCAACUGCCAAAUAUUGUAAUAUGUUCGACCAAUUUUUUGACUGUCUUAACGUCAAGAAUACCAAAGAAGCAGCAAUUAAACGUAAACCAUUUCUUAAACCGUACACAUCUGUUGAUGAUGAAAGAUUCUUAUGGUUGACCGAAACAUUUCUAGGAUAUUUCAAAACAUGGAAGGAUUCAAUUGCUUAUAGGCCUGGUAAUUUUACGGAUAAUACUAGAGCAAAUAUGUUUAUUUCACGGCAAACCUACCAAGGAAUCAAAAUCACUGUCCAUUCUACUGUUGAAUUAAUCCAGUAUUUAAUUAAUAAUGGUGUUCCAUAUGUACUGACAGAAAGAUUUUGUCAAGAUCCCCUUGAAAACUACUUUGGUCGUCAACGUGCCAUUGGUCAUAGGAAAGAUAACCCAUCAAUCCGUGAUUUUGGUUAUAACGACAACACAAUUAGAACACAAAAGAUUUUCCGACCCAUAGCUGGUAACUGUCAUGAAAUUGAUAUUGAAACUGUGCCAUGCCUGCGUAGAGAUCGAGCUUUUUUCUGUUUUGAUGCAAUUUUGUGCAGCUCACAUUUAUCUUUCACAAAUGAAAAAACACGAAUAUGUAAUGUCAGUGGUCAUAAAGCUGACCAAAAAUUUGGGUCUCUUGGCCUAGUCAGAUAUAGCAUUAUCGAAGAACUAGAAACAGAAUUAACUUUUACAUCAACAAAGGCCGGGAAUGCCACACCACAUGGUAUGAAACUAAUGUCAAGUCUUGGAACAGGCGUUGCAUUCGACAACUUUGACAGAUUUGUUGAAACUUUAAGUGGAAAGGAUACCUUGCAUGAUACUGUUGGGAUAGCGUACCAAGUUGUGUCACAAAAUAAUGACAAAUCAUUGGAAGAAGAUGACAAUUCUACCCUUGGCAAUUCUCAGCUAUCUGGAAAGAAAAAACGUAGAUCAUUUCUGGCUGUAGGAUUAGACAUAGAGCCGUACAGAAAAAAACCUAAGAUGUUAACAAGAAUAAUGCUUCCACUAGAUGACCAGAGAAGGGCGUCAGAACCCCUUUCAUAUAUCAAAGCACGCAUGUACGAUACCUUGUGGAUGAUGGAUUUUUAUUUUUCACCCGACACUACACCAAUGUGGGUUGGCUGGAAUUCUAUAAUUUUUCAAAAUACCAACAAUCUGCAAAAAGUUUGGUACCUGCCACAAAUUAAUCAGUCUCCAACUUCUAUAGCUGUAGUAGCAGAAACAUUGAGGCGUGCACAGGUGAUUGCGAAUGAAUGUGGUAAAAAAAACAUUUCAGUAACAUAUGAUCUUGCGAUUGCCAAAGUGGCUAUGCAACUUCAAGCAGAAGAAUCUCCAAAGUUUGACAAUAUAUUUGUCGCUCUAGGUGCAUUCCAUGUAGAGAUGGCCAUGUUUAGCGCAUUUGGCAAGUACAUCGCUGAAUCUGGUGGUCCGCAUAUCCUAAAUGAAGCUGGUGUGAUUGAAAAAGGUUCUCUCAAGUCAUUUUUACUGGGAAAGUGUUACAAGAGAAGUAAAAGAUGUCACCAAAUACUUGCACUUGCAAUGGAGAUUCUUCAUUUUCAAUAUUUUCUUCAAGAAAGAGAGGAAAUUCAAUUAAAAGAAGAUAUCCAAGAAGAAAUCAAGUUCAUAAAAUCCCAAGAACCCUUGAACUUGCAUGAAGGACAUGAAGUAUCCAAAGAAGUCAACAAUGUCUUGCGUGAAUACAGUCAAUUCAGGCAAGAUACAGAGAAAGGAAAUCAUGGUGCAACAGCACAAUAUUGGAUGGGGUACGUCGAGAUGAUUCGACUUUACCAUGAUUUUAGUAGAAGCUUGAGGGAUGGAAACUUUGAUCUGUAUGUGUGCUGCUUGCCUAAAGUCGCAAACUAUUUCUUUAGCAUGAACCAUCCAAAUUACGCUCGUUGGAUUGUCCGUUAUCAUGAUAAUCUUCUCAAACUAAAGGACUCUCAUCCCGAGGUUUACACUGAAUUUCAAAGGGGAUUAUUUUCGCUGCGAAGAACCCAAAAGUCAUUCUCAAGAUUACCAAUCGACUUGACAUUAGAGCAAACGAUAAAUGCAGAUGCUGCAUGUCAGCGAAAAGGUAUAUCAGCUUUAACAAAUUCUAUUUCUGCUCGUCAACGAUGGGCACAAAGUCAUUCUAUUCGAACAAGUAUUGUGUCAUACGUGUUUGAAAAUUUGGGGAUGACAAAACAGGAAGACGUGUCUCAAGAUUUAAAGGCCAGCAGAAUGCGACAAAAUUCUAAAGAUUUACAUCAAGUUAUAAACAUGGUCAAGGAAACCAUGAAUCCAUUUAACGAUGCUAUUGAAAAACAAUAUCUUUUUAAUAUAGCAUCAGGAAAAGCAGCCUCACCAGACACAACAAAGUUUUUGCUCAACAUCGUUAGUGUUGGAAGCAAAGCACGUGAUAAAUUUAUUGACGAAUGUUCUAAAGAUCCAGCAAGAUUCGAAAAACCUAUACGAAGACAAACAUUACACACAUUUGCAACUGGGGGAACGAAGUAUAAUAUUAAAGCUGCUGACAACAAAGUGGUUGCUGUAACGAUGAUGAGAGAUUUGUUUGGUAGCAUCUUGUACCAUUCGCUACAAAGGAAAAUUGAUAUGGCAGAGGUACUGAAGUAUCCUCUAACACCUGUCCCUUUAUCUCUUGGACAUGUUGAUGGCAAAAUGCAAAAGACCCCUAAAGUCAAAUUAUUGAACGAGUUAGAAGCAAAAGUAAAAACUGACGAUCCAAAUCGCGUCGAUGUUAACAUAAUUGAUGGAAUGUUUUUCCUACAUCUUUUUGUUGACCUUCCAGCAACAUUUGGAGCUCUGGCAACAUUCAUUUUGAAACGCGUUUGUGCUAGCAAGGGAAACAUCAUACAUUUUGUUCUAGACAAAAUGGUACACCCGAGUAUCAAGGAUUGUGAAAGGGAUUUGCGAUGUACUGAGAGACAUGGAGCUUAUCAGAUAACUGGACCUGAGCAAAAAAGACCUUCAAACUGGUUGAAUGCAUUGAGAAAUGAUCACUUCAAAGCAGCAUUGGUGGAGUUCUUAGCCUUCUUUUGGGAAAACAACAUGCAUUCAACAGUACUUGGAAACAAAACAGUCAUAAUGAAUCGCAAUGAUACCUGCUACAUGUUUAGAGUUGAAGGAGAGAUCGUGGUCAAAACCGAGAUCGUUAAAUUGUUUUCAACUCAUGAAGAAGCUGAUUCCAGAAUUUUGUACCACCUAUCUUCGAUUCAAACACCAGCAAACGUUGUGAUAAGAACCAUAGAUACUGACGUGCUGAUAAUUGCUCUUGGCUGCCUUAGUAAGUUACCUAACAGCUUGAAUAUUUGGAUGGAAACCGGUGUUUACACUAAAAAUACAUUAAGGUACAUAAGUAUUAAUCAAAUAUACCAGAAAUUGGGCAAAAAUAUUUGCAUGGCCUUGCCAGCAUACCAUGCUUUCACUGGAUGUGACUAUACAGCAUCGUUUAGUAGGAAAGGAAAAAUUCGACCUUUCAAACUACUAGAAAAAAAUGAAAGUGUGCAAGAUGUAUUUAAACAGCUAGGAACAAAUCUUGAUGUCACAGAUGACGCUUUUGCAACGUUGGAAAAAUUUGUAUGCAGCAUGUAUGGAAAAAGGAAUCUAUCAUCUGUAGAUGAAGCUAGGUUGGUAAUGUUUUUGGAAAAGUAUAAACCAAAAGGAGAAAAUGAAGCAAUUUCCUGUGUUAAAAAGUUUGAUGGAAGUUCUCUACCACCUUGUUUACGAGUGUUGCGUCAAAAGAUUUAUCGAACAAAGUAUGUUGCACAGUUAUGGAUGUCAUCAAUAACGUCCGAGCCUCCAAAUCACCUUCCUGAAGACAUGGGUUGGCUGCUGAAAGAUGGCAGCUAUAUCAUUAAGUGGUACGAAGGCGAAAUGUCUCCAAAAGCAGUAGAUGUCACCAGCAAUGAAAAUUAUUAUGGAUUCUCCAGAGAAGUAGAAGAUUUUGAAGGGUUUGAUGAACUGUCAAGUGAUGACGAUUCAGACAGUGAUGACGAAACUAGUGACGAAGACGUGUAAUGAUAAUUUAAGAUGCUGAUGCAGAACAAUAUCAAUCAUGCUGCUAUAACCUAUUGUACAUAUUUAUAUUUUAUUAAAUGCUAUCAGAGCAUUU